UGCCUUCCCUGCUGGAAGAGGAGGAAGAGGAGGAGGUGCAGAGGCUGAAGAGGCUGGAGCAGCAACAAAAAACAAAAAAAAUCAGCCGGCAAAGAUCCAGAGAUCCAGGCAGAGCAGCAGAGACCAGAGAGACUCCAGGGUUGCAGAUGUGGAUGGAGCGGUGUGCACGGUCUAGUCCUGGGUGUCUGGCCCAGUGAUUCAUCCCCCGACAGGAGCAGGAGGAAGCAGUGGAGAAGAGGGACAUGGGGCUGAGCCUGAACCAGCACUGGCUCCUGCCUCUCCUAUUCUUGCUGCUGAUGAUCACUGUGUCACCGGCUCACAGCCAGGGAUGUCCUCAACGUUGCGACUGCAUGGCAAAGCUCAAGACCGUAUCCUGUUUCGGCAAACGCCUGUCUGCACUGCCAGAAGGCAUCCCACAGGACUCUAAGAUCCUGGAUCUAAGUGGAAACAAACUCCGCUGGGUAGAGCACGGAGACCUGCUUUCGUAUCCCCGCCUUGAAAAGCUGGACUUGAGUGACAACAUGAUUAGUGUCCUAGAGCCGAAUGCUUUUUCUAGUCUCCAGAACCUGCAGUCGCUGUCGCUGAGGGGCAACCAGCUGAAACUGGUCCCGAUGGGGGCUUUCUCACGUCUCUCCAACCUGACGUCACUGGACCUCAGUGGGAAUAAGAUUGUGAUUCUUUUGGACUUUACUUUCCAGGACCUGAAAAGCCUAAAAAACUUAGAAGUUGGAGACAAUGAUCUGGUUUAUAUCUCCAACAAGGCCUUCCUGGGUCUCGUGGGGCUGAGGGAGCUAACCAUCGAGAGGUGCAACCUGACGUCUGUGUCAAGCCAGUCUCUCUCUUAUCUGCAUAAUCUGGUGACUCUGCGGCUCCGCUACCUCAGCAUCUCUGCCUUAGAAGACCAGAACUUCCGCAAGCUAGGAAACCUGAGGGGGCUUGAGAUCAACCACUGGCCCUUUCUGGAGCACAUUUCCCCUCACAGCCUGCAGGGGCUUAACUUGUCCUGGUUGUCUAUCACACACACUAACAUCACGUCUGUGCCCACCUCCGCCCUGCGCAGUCUGGCUCACCUCACCAGCCUCAACCUCUCCUACAACCCCAUCUCUGUGUUGGAGUCCUGGGCGCUGCGCGACCUUGUCAGGCUGAAAGAGCUGCAUAUGGUCAACACAAACCUGGUAGUAGUGCAGCCAUACGCACUGGGCGGUCUGAGGCAGAUCCGCCUUCUUAACCUCUCCACUAACAGCCUGGUGACCCUGGAGGAGGGAGCGUUUCAAUCUGUCAACACUCUGGAGACACUGCGUUUGGAUGGAAACCCUCUUGCCUGCGACUGCCGCCUGCUCUGGAUCCUCCAGCGCAGGAAGACCCUUAAUUUUGACGGCGCCUCCCCGGUGUGUAUGAUGCCUGUCGAGGUGCAAGGGCGAGCACUCAACGCAUUCUCCGACUCGGCCCUCUUUGACCACUUCACUUGCCAGAAGCCCAAAAUCCGCAACAGGAAGCUGCAGCAGAUAACUGCCCGCGAGGGACAGGUGGUGUCGUUCAUAUGCAGAGCUGAAGGCGAGCCUAUACCGGUGGUAUUCUGGAUCUCCCCUCAGCGCCGUCGCAUCACCACAAAGAGCAGCGGGCGCUUAACGGUGUUACCAGAAGGCACGCUGGAAAUACGGUAUGCCCAGGUGACAGACAGUGGAACCUACAUAUGCAUAGCCAGUAACGCUGGUGGAAAUGACACCUAUUUUGCCACUCUUACAGUGAGCGGGCUGCCUCUAGACGCAGCCCUCAUGGCCAACCGCACUUACUAUGCCGGCGAUCUUAAUGACACUAAUCUAAACGACACCAGAGUCUUCUUGAAGUUUACUCUGGACCUCAAGACCAUCCUCAUAUCCACAGCUAUGGGCUGCAUCAUGUUCCUGGGUGUGGUCCUGUUCUGCUUCAUCCUGCUGUUUGUGUGGAGUCGAGGGAAGGGGCAGCACAAGAACAAUUUCUCGGUGGAGUACUCCUUCAGGAAAGUGGAAGGACCUGCCGCGAGCGGAGGACAGGGCGGGGCGCGCAAGUUCAACAUGAAGAUGAUUUGAUCAUGUGGGACGGAUUUUUCUUUUUAGUAUUCUGUACCUGAUGCUGUUUACAAGCAGAAGCAAGCUAGCACAUAAAAUCACCGGCGUGGGCGCCUGCUUGCAAAACAUUAGAAUUAUUUAUAGGAUGUUUUAUCGACAAGGUUUUGUUUUUAAAUGACGUAUGGGGAAAAAAGGCAAUCGGUAUGGAUUUGAGAUAAUGUAUUUCUACUGCUCUUUAUUGCGUGUCCUUAUUAUUGUGUAAGGAAAUCUGGAUCAUAUUUAAAGAUGUCUUCAA